GAGUUGUGUUAUCCUGCUGCAUUAGUUCAUACAUGUUUUCCAUCAUUAACCUUGUUCCUUACCUCAACCAUGAAAUGAGCAGUAAGCAUUCAUGUCCCAAAAAUUUGCACUCAAAAGAUGUUUGAAUGAAAAAUUUGAGAGAGACAGAUAUAAACAAUUUGAAUAAAAAAUUUGAAUAUGUUACACGUGUAAAUAAUGUACUGGCAAUGCGUUCUUUUAGAAUAUUUGUGGCUACUAGAUGAUUAAUAUUUUAUGGUUGCUUCUAGGAAACUCAGUGGAUUACUGUUAGAGACCAUCAUUUACAUUGUAGUUGCCCAAAUAACUACAUGUUUGACAUUGGCAAUUACUUUUCCCUCCCCUAAAUGCAUUUAGCAAAAAAGAUUUUGUUUUGAAUACACUUUAUUUUCAGGAGUCAGGGUUGGUUCAUAGGCCUAUAAACCUAUGGGCUGGAAUAGUCCUUUGCACCCUCCACUUCUUUUGCCUUAUCGUAACUGUUUUCUUCUGCUGUGUUUGGGUGUGUAUAUGUCAGUUUUGACAGUUGGAAGAUCCAUCAUCUCAGUAUGUUUGAAAGCACAGUAAUAAAGUGGCGUCUUGUCAGGACAAUCAAGGCACGCCUUUGAAGCCAAAAGUAGUCAUGAGUUAGAACAUUUAUCGUCUCCUGGUAUCUAUUUUGUCGCAGGAAUGGGUAUCGUUAAGAUUUAACUGUACUAUUGCUAUUGGUACUUUAAAUAAUAUCUUAUUAGUUAGUCUCAUCUGUUAGUUUUUAAGAUAAAAUUAAAAAAAUGAGGAACAGAAUUGCUUCUUUUCCUACGGAAGAGUAUUGCUGCCACACCAUAAAAAGAAAAACGUAUCACAAAAUAAAUUCUAGUUCAUGUUUAUUUGGGUUGAGAUCAUAGGCUGUAUAUAAAAAGGUUGAGACAUGUAUGUGAUUUUAACGUGAAAACAUAAUGUUAUAUUAUGAUACUGUUUUUCUUUUUCUGGUGUGGCAGCGAUGCACUUUUCCCACAUGUACUCAUCAACAUUCUUGAAUAGCAAACUGCAACAGCAAGUUUUGAUUUAAUUACUAAUAUGAUUAUUGAAAAGUCAAAUAGAUAAAGUAAACAUAUAUGCUACAGUGUUGUAGCAAAUCCCUAGUCUAGACUUUUACAGUACUGCAGUUUGCCGGCAGCCCCCAAAUCACCAACUACCCCCCUGCUCUGUGACCUGAAACUGAAACAGUUUACUCGUUCAGCUCAGGCGAUGCUUUGAACUUAUUCAUGAACGCACCCUUAACAAACAGAUGGUUAAUGGUUACUGUCCUCACAAUCAUGAGCCCGCAUCAACCUGCUGUAUACAUUACAUACCUGGGCCAACGACACAUGAACUUUGAGCUGGGCAGUGGAAAAUGUGUGUGUGUGUGUGAGAAAGAGAUUCUGGAUUGUAAACAAUGAAGAUGUUUCAUAGACAAUUGUUUUUUUCUGAAAAAAAUAGAUUUUUUUUUAGAUAAAAUAGGAAUAAUAAAUAAAUAGGAAAUCUAUGUUAUUAAUUUCUCCACUGCCAAUACCCCUCGCCUCACCUUCCCCAUCCAAGAAUGUUCGAGAACGUACGGUGGUCUUCAGGUAACACAUAAUAAUAAUAAAUUCUAUUUCUAUAGCACUUUUCUUAACAAGGUUACAAAGUGCUUUCCAGAAAAACAGAAGAUACAAACAAAGAACACGGCAACCAACAACAAUGCAAUAAAAUACAAAAAACUAAAACAAAAACAGAGGUAUCACAAAAAGCAAGGAGGGAUGAUACAACCCAGCAAUAAAUUGAAUAUUCAUAUAGCCUUUCCUAUAAAAGAAAGUUUUUAAGAAGGGAUUUAAUUGACGCUUAUGUGAUGGUGUGUCUAAUUUCGGUACGUAGAGUGUUCCACAGUCUGGGGGCUCUGACAGCAAAGGAAACAUGGCUGACGCCUGCUUGCAAACGGGCUCAUUCUAAGGUAGCAAAGACACAAUUAUUCUUAAUUUCACGUGAUAAUAAUAAAAGCAUCAUUAUCAUAUAUUACAUUCCGCUUCUGCUUAUAGAUCACACUAAAUUCUACACACGGGAGCUUUGAUGAGUAGCUCAGGUUGUGUGUAUAGCAGUUGAGAAAGAGCAGGACCUGAAUUUAAGAGAGAUUUCCUUUCCACUCCUGUCGUACUCUGGUACGCUUUAGUCUGGUCCACGUUCCUUCUCUUGGUGUAGUAAACAGCUGAAUCCCAGAUUAGGACGCUGUGUAGUUGGAUGUUCUGCUCUGCUUCUUUUAUCUGCAUAACACUUCAGUAAUACAACAUUUCUUAUCAUUAAGUGAUACAUGACUCAUGACAUGACUCCACUGAGAUUGCCGGGAAGGAAAUCAAUGAUGGCACACUACCCCGCUGCCGCUCUCAGGCUCUCCUUUUCCCAUAUAUCUUGUUACACAACCGGCCGUUGAGUCAGUUAUAAAACUUGUACCUUGAGUUUGUUUACAGCGUGCCGUUUAGAGGAGGAGAUAUGUGUUCCGUCAGGCAGGCAGUUAAGUGUCCACUAAACCCUCACACUUCCCACUUCGCCUGGACAGGGCAGAGGACUCCACACCACAAUGGUCAGGCAAAAGAAGGGACGACAUGAACUCGGAUGAAAAAUACCAUUAGGAUUGCAACUGGAAACUAAGUGCAGGUGGGUAAGGGUUCUAGGUUUCAGGGUGGACCUGAAUCCUCAGGAGCAGUGGACUUAUGUAUAGCUUGGAGCGUUCGUCCUGUUUUCACCCUACCAAGGAGCACCUGCGGAAGAAGAGGACAGUGGUACCUUGCUCCACAGACAAUGAGGAACUGCGUCAGCACCUGAAGCUGUAUAAAAGCAACAAGAUUCGCACCACAAAGUAUUCUCUCCUCUCCUUCUUGCCGAAGAAUCUGUUCGAGCAGCUCCAUCGCUUAGCCAAUGUCUACUUCAUCUUCCUUGCUGCUCUCAACUUCAUCCCUUUGGUGGAGGCCUUCCAGCCGGAGAUCGCUCUGGUCCCGGUCAUGCUGGUGCUGCUAGUGACAGCCGUCAAGGAUAUAUGGGAGGACUACCGCAGGUUUAAGUUUGACCAUUUGAUCAACAGGCUUCUCUGCCAUGUUUAUAGCAGCAAGCAGAAAGUCUACAUUGACCAGUGCUGGAAGGACGUGCGAGUGGGAGACUUUGUGCGUCUGUCCUGUAAUGAGAUCAUCCCCGCCGACAUGCUGCUGCUGUAUUCCUCUGACCCCCGUGGGGUUUGUUACAUUGAGACGGCCAACCUGGAUGGAGAGACCAACCUGAAACAGAGACAGGUGGUUUCAGACCACCCACUGCAGGGAGUAGAGUUCAGCCCUGAGACCUUCCACAGCCGCAUUGAGUGCGAGAACCCCAACAAUGACCUCAACAGGUUCAGGGGCUACAUGGAGCAUUCCAGUGGGGGUCGUGUCGGCCUCCAUAACAGCAACCUCCUGUUGAGGAGCUGCACCAUACGCAACACUGAGACUGUGGUGGGCAUCGUGGUCUAUGCUGGUCAUGACACUAAAGCCAUGAUGAACAACAGCGGUCCGAGGUACAAGCGCAGCCAGCUGGAGAAGCGUCUGAACACGGACAUCCUGUGGUGUGUGGUCCUUCUCGUCAUCAUGUGUCUGACUGCUGCUGUCGGUCAUGGCUUCUGGCUGAAGAACCUCAAAGACCCCAUCUUUGUGACUGAUGUGGAGACCCCUCCUACCUUGGCUGGAUUCUAUGUCUUCUGGACUAUGAUCAUUGUGCUGCAGGUGCUGAUUCCCAUUUCCCUGUACGUGUCUAUUGAGAUUGUGAAACUGGGCCAGGUCUACUUCAUCCACAAUGACUUAGACUUUUACAACGAGCAGUUGGACUCGAGGAUCCAGUGCCGGGCCCUUAACAUCACGGAGGACCUGGGUCAGAUCCAGUACCUGUUCUCUGAUAAGACGGGAACGCUGACAGAAAACAAGAUGGUGUUCCGCUGCUGCAGCAUCUAUGGGGUUGAAUAUCCUCAUGACGAAAAUGCUCGGAGACUGGAGGUGUACGAGGCGGAGAAGGAGAAGGACAAGGCAGCGGGUCAGUCGGUGACUCUGAGGUCGGGCUGCAGUGGUAAAUCUCUGAGCUGUCGCUCCCUCAGCUGCAACCGCAGCUCUGUCUCUCUGCACACGCUCACUGCUGAGUCAGGGGAGGAGGACGACCCACGGUCCAAUCACAUCCAGACCAGGACCAGUGCCUUCUGCAGCCGCAUGGCAAAGGAGGUGGUGCCAGACCCUGAGCUAGUGAAGAAGUUAAAUUGGUUUUGCUCCUCGGUGCUGCCUCUGAGUGAGGGCUCUUCUACAACUUCAUCCAGCCUGGAGCUCACCUACAUCACUGACUUCUUCCUGGCUCUGACCAUCUGCAACAGUGUGGUGGUUUCCUCGGCCAGUCAGCCUCGACACAUGGUGCCUGAAGCACGAACCCCGCUGAAGUCCCUGGAGGAAAUCAAGCUGAUGUUUCAGCGCUUCAGCUUCUCUCCAUUCUCAGCCCUGUCCACCCUCUCCCCUCCCCAGAUCAAAGGGAGCCCUCUCAGCUUCACCAGCAGGCUGUUCACCCGUGGGAAGGCUGGCUCCUUCACCAUCUCAACAACCCCCAGCUCCACAGACGGGUCAGAACCAGGGAAGGACAGCUACAUGGAGACCUCCAACCUCAGGCGUAAACUGGACUUAUCUGCCACAGGGGAGGGAGGAAAUGCUGGGCCGGUGGAGAAGGAUAUCAGGGAGGAUGCUAUCAAAGAUGCAAAGGCCCAAACAGUGUGUGGAAAUGGGCCCAAACAGGAUGUGGAAACGGACUCUGAUAGUGACACUGAUGAUGAACUGCUGUAUGAGGCGGAGAGUCCGGACGAGGCGGCUCUGGUCCAUGCAGCCCGGGCGUACCGCUGCACCCUGAGGGGACGCUCUGCAGAAAGCCUGCUGGUGGAUCUGCCAGGAAUCGGCUCUCUGGCUGUGCAGCUGCUUCACAUCCUGCCCUUCGACUCCAACAGGAAGAGGAUGUCAGUGGUGGUCCGCCACCCGCUCACAGGACAUGUGGUAGUUUACACCAAGGGAGCCGACUCUGUUAUCAUGGAUCUGGCUGAGACCCCUAAAGGUGCAGAGCAAGCUCAGGAGAUCUACAAUCACAUCAGAGAACAAACCCAGAAACACUUGGACAGCUAUGCCAGAGAAGGCCUCCGCACGCUCUGCAUUGCUAAGAAGGUUCUGGAGGAGGAGGAGUAUGACGUGUGGCUGAAGGGACAGCUGCUGGCGGAAAGCAGUAUAGAGAACAGAGAGGAGCUGCUGCUGGAGUCGGCUCAAAGACUGGAGACCAACCUCACCCUGCUGGGUGCCACAGGAAUUGUCGACAGGCUGCAGGAGGACGUCCCAGAGACCAUUGAAGCUCUUCAGAGGGCUGGGAUCAAAGUCUGGGUCCUCACUGGAGACAAACAGGAGACAGCAAUUAACAUUGCCUAUGCCUGCAAACUCCUCCGUCCUAACGACCAACUGCUGACGGCCAACUGUGGAAGCAAGGAUGCCUGUGCAGCUUUUCUCCAGGAGCUUAAACUGGAAGUGCUGCAGGGUCAAGACAGUAUGACUGAAAGGACUGCAGCGGGGACUGAUGGGGAAUCCUCCUUGGGCAGCAUGGCUAGCUUUGUUCUGGUUAUAAACGGCCAGACGCUGGACUGGGCCCUUCAGGAGGAGCUGAAGAGCGACUUCCUGGAGCUGAGCCGUAGAUGCAAGGCGGUCAUCUGCUGCAGGUCCACGCCGCUGCAGAAGAGCCAGGUGGUCCGGCUGAUCCGGGAUGAGCUUGGCGUCAUGACGCUGGCAGUGGGUGAUGGAGCCAACGAUGUGAGCAUGAUUCAGAUGGCUGACGUGGGAAUCGGGAUAUCUGGUCAGGAGGGAAUGCAGGCUGUGAUGUCCAGUGACUUUGCCGUCUCCAGGUUUAAACACCUCAGCAAGCUGCUGCUUGUUCAUGGUCACUGGUGUUACUCUCGUCUUGCAAAUAUGAUCCUCUACUUCAUCUACAAGAAUGUGAUGUUUGUGAACCUGCUGUUUUGGUAUCAGUUCUUCUGUGGUUUCUCUGGGAGCGUCAUGACCAAUGCCUGGGUACUGAUCCUCUUCAACCUGAUCUUCACCUCUGUUCCUCCCCUCAUCUAUGGCGUCCUGGACAGAGACACGCCUGCAGAAACUCUGAUGGGGCUGCCUGAGCUCUACCAGGCUGCACAGGCCUCCAAGGUCUACAUUCCUCACAUGUUCUGGGUCACAGUCCUGGAUGCAUUUUACCAAAGCCUCGUCUGCUUCUUCAUACCUUACUUGGCACUGGCAGGGUCAGAUGUCGGGGUGCUGUCUUUUGGCUCUCCCAUCAACGCCUCAGCUCUCCUCAUCAUCCUGCUGCACCAAGUCCUCGAGAGUCACACUCUGACAUGGAUUCAUGUUGUGGUGCUGUUGCUCAGUGGAGGCUCCUACUUUGGCUUUGUGCUGCUCUUCAGUGUGUCCUGUGUGACCUGCAGCCCCCCCACCAACCCUGUGGGGGUGGAAACACUCCAGAUGUCCCAGCCUCUCUUCUACAUCAUAUGUGCAGUCACUACUGUGACAGCCCUGUUACCCAGGAUGUUGUUUCGAGCUCUGCACAACACCUUGCACCGCUCUGCUGCCCUGAAAUCCUCUCAGAUGGACAAGGUGGCAUCGGAAGAGUACCGCAAGAGAAUGCAGCACUGGAACCUGAGCCACUCCAGAGUCAACAGGCUGCCAGUGUGCGCCGACAACCCUGGCCUGGAGCCGGGCCUGGAGCCCUGCACGUCCUCUGUGGUGUCCUGACCUCCCUCUACACACACACUCACAUACACACAGACAAAGAGACGUUCCCCCCUUGGUCAGAAGGCUCGUACCAGUGUAUGAGCUGUCUAGGAAUAGACAGAGCUGGAAGUUCAAAGAAGACAGUUGAUGGUCACGUGCUGCAUUCAGGUGCAUGUCAGUGGCUGAAGAAGAUUCUUUGGUGCAAUAAACGUCCCUGUGUGUGUACACUUUCACUUUCUGCUGCCUUACGUCACCCUGCUGGAUGACUCCCUUUGCUACAUGCCAGCUGUCGAAGAGAUUAAUUAGCCACAAAGAAACCCACGUUGUCACUGCGAGAAAAACUCUCCUCACUGAAUGAAUUAAAACGAUGAAGCUCGGUUGACAUGUCACCAGGCAGAACCUGUUUGGGAAACAGCAACUUUGAAACACGACCAUCGUGAAAAACAUUUGGAGGGAAGAGCUGAGUGAUUCAUCAGGGAUCAUAAAAGAAUGAGAACUACCUCCACUGGCCUUUUCUGUGAGUGAAGAAGUCUGCUGGAACACUGCUGUCGCACUGCAGCUUGCAACCAAAACACGUGGCCUCCCACAGAGUGUGGCGUUGCCCAAUUACCAUGGAGAUUGUGGAUACUAGAACAGAGACAGCGGUGAUGCUGCAUUCAGUGUCUGUGUGAAGGAGACGUGGAGAGAGAGCCAACCAGGACCACCAGGUCCUUGUGAUAACUACUGUACAGUCCGCCAGGUUACUGCCUCUUAUGGAUCAAUUAAUGGCGACAUAUUAUGUUUUUGAAGUUUUUUCCCUUUCCACUAGUGUGUUAUACAGGGUUCCUACGCAGUAUGGAAAAGUAUGAAAUUUGAUUUUGUAAUUUCCAGGUCUGGAUAAGUAUGGAAAAAAGAAAAGAUUUGUAUGUUUCAAUUUCCUUUGUGUUUCAAGACUGAAGUCUCAACAGGGUAACAUAAGUAGUUCCUAUCAAUCGGGCAUUAUUUAGAUUAUCCUGGUGAUAGCGAGUUACUUUGUACUGUGUCCCCUGUUGAUGAUAAAAUACACAUUUACCCAAAAUUACUGAGUUGAAAUAUGUAAUAUAUGUCUUAAAAACAGG